GAUGAGACGGACUUGUGUUUGCUGGAGGGUAGCGUUGUCAGCCGUUACAUUGUCCACCUGAAAGAGGCAAAACUCCACAGCUGGAGAACACUCUCCGUCGACGUAUAUCCCACCUCCACUCAGUGUAGCAUGGUUGUUAACAAUAUUCAAGACUGUACCAUUGUGAAGGUGCAUCAUCGAAAAGGAACAGAAAAACAAUCCACCACCUUUAUAUGCACUGUUUCCGCUGACCUUGUUCUCUCCAUGUAAAAGGAAAUUACUAUAAAUCCCGACAAUACCAGAGCAGGUAUUGUUAAUAAACGUGCAGUUUCUCAAGGUGAUGCUUGAAGCACACUCAGCAUAGAGAGCUCCAGUUCGUGGUACAGCUGCACUGUGCUGUGCCAC